GUGUUCACCCUUCUUCGAAAUCAGCGAACUGAAUCUACUCGGGGGUGUCGGCACUUGGAGCUAUUUGGCGAGCCAGUUUGCAACAAAGGUUUCUUGAAACUCCUUGCUAUUGGCAAGUUGCGCUUUCAAAGGCUAUGCGCUCCUGCUCGGGACCCUCAAGUCUUAGAUUGCCCUGUGGACCAGCGCUAUACUCCAAAGGGGCGACAGGGUACUGAGAAAGAGCAAAUCGUUUUUGAUUUUCUUCAGGGGUUGUACUCUACAGCAGCUGAAAAUUUACCGGGCUGUCCAUCAGCAAGCAUGUCCAACAAAAGACCAAGACAUGGAUCGUGCAAACGGGACGACCCUGACAUGGACCGUUCUCAAAUUCGACACCUCCCUCCAGGGACCAUCCAGGACUACCUCAGGUUGCUACAAGCUGACCAUCCUAAUGUCAAGUUCUCAGCCAAUCUUUUUGCCAGAGUUUGGGGAGAGCAUUUUAUGGACAAGUUGAGAAUCCGUGGGUCCACCCACCACAGCAAGUGUUCUGUUUGUGUGCGACACCGUCUGAUUAUCAGACGGGUUGGCAAGGGCACAGCUCGUUUGGGACAACUCAUGGAGUACAGGACAAAACGCUUUUGCAGCGAUCAAGAGUUUCAGCCAGGGAACUUCCUCUACUUACCUGCCUCUGUAGCUCAGCGGCUGUGUGAGAUUGGAGGACCACCAGGCCAAGAACCGUAUUGCAUGGAGAGUGCUGCCAGUGAGAUGGAAGCGCUAUCCUUGGGGAACCUUGGAGCUUUUCACAGGUCUUUACCCACUGCUGGACCUGCUGUUGGACGUGCAGAUGUGCUCGGAGUACCCAACCAGUUGAACAUCGUUGCGGCACAGCUUCUGCGCGAGGACCGUGUCCGCUACAAGACUGCACGGGAGAGACAAAUUUUGUAUGAAGCAGCGAUGCCACCUCAAAAACGAAAUAGUGGAGCAUCAGAUGGAAAUGGCUCCAAGGCAAAGAAGGGGGACCAGAAGCUUCCGUCCAUAGCUGCUGAUUCCUUGAAGAUGCCACACAUGAAGCUCUUCAAUGACUGGCUGACUUAUGCGACGCAAUCAGCUUUCAUGUCGCCGGGGCCCUUUCACUUUCGCCCCUUCAUGUUGCCACAUCGUCAUGACUUUGGCUUACGUGGUACUGCAGACUGGGAAAUUGUGCGUUUGCUCACGCAGCUCAUGGUUCUGAAGGGCUGUCUAACCUGCCCGGACCUGCCAGGAUGUGAGAAGUUGUGUGUGACACCGGUUCAAAAGAGUUGGUUAAAGGAACCGGCACAUGUUGUGACUUGUGCUGAUCUUGGUAUCGACCCUUUGCUGCUUGGACCGGGCCAAGCCUUCAUGGUCAAGGGCUGGAACCGUGCCAUUUGCUGCCUGAUCGUGAUGCUGGCCACAUAUGAAUGUGAGGAGCUGCGUCAGGAAAUGGAAUCACAUUCCAGCGUAGCAGCCUGUUACAACGUGGGGAGGAAUGAGGCUCAGGCCGCGUGCAAUUUGCUGCAAAAGAUCGACAGAGAAAUCCGAAACCGUUUGGAAGAGCUUGUCAGGAGAAUCUUCAAAGGAUCUGCGGCGCAUAUCUUGCACAAUGACCUGAUGAAUUUGCUCAACGAUUCCGUUCCACCGGCGGACAUUGACCGGGUUCAGAUCUUCAAGUCCCAAAUGGCUAAGUUUGUCCAAAAGGCAGCUGAUGAGAAGGUGAAUCGCGCGGCAGAGCUAGCAGCACAGCUGAAACAAACCAACUACCAGCAAACGCUCCUGAACUUGGAGAAGGAUGAGGAAACACUGCUCAACUGGGCACAGCAGUUUAAUCUGUUUGCAUCCCAGCAGGGUGGUUUGGACCUGAAAUACCUCGAAGACCGCUUUCUUCGAGGGAAGGAAGCAGUGAAACGGAUCCUGGCCUCCAAGCACAGCUACAGCUUGCAUGGCUCUCUCAACCUCGCGCAUGCGGACUUGGUGCAGAAGCAAGCGGAACUGGGAAGUCAAGUGCUCUAUCUGUUGAUGAAGCUGUGUCACUGUGCCAAGCUGUCGCCAGUGGCAACACUGGUCCAACAGCGAGGCAUUCCAGCUUGCAAGGACAUCAUCUUGAAGCUUUUGGAUGGCGUUGCUGAAAAUGACACACCGGUUCUGAUCGUGGAUGCGUUGCCCAACAGGUUCUCGGAAUGGAGCUUCGCUACCUGGGACCUGCAGCUUGAGAAGAUGAAUGGGGGAACUGGGCCAAAUUUCCAUUUCAUGGGCCUUUACCAAUCUGAUGAUGGGGGCGUGAUGAAAACAACCAAAGAAACUAUGGUGGGCAAAGUGAUGUCAGCCUGGUGGGACCAAUCGGAGGAGGCAGGUCCCAAGACACGUCCCAACUGUCAGUUUUCUGUCCCGCUGCCAGCGCUGGAUGUGCUCGCACUUUCGGAUGGAAAGCUCAAGAUCCCCGACCUGGUGCUGAACAACUACAGCGGGGCGCACCUCGAGGAACUCAAGAAGAAGGAGGAGGUCCUUGCAAGCAAUGUUCGGUUGACUGCGGCUUUGAAGGGAAACUACGCAGGUACUCUCGCAUCAGAGACGGCUACUGGCCAAACUCAGAACGUGGGUCAAGGUGGACCUGGAGGAGCCAGAACUGUUGCUUCUCCAGACUGGGAUGGUGACCAUCCGCCAUGUUUUGAAACCCGUGUGACGUUUGAAUCAACUGCAAUUGAUGCCUUUGAUGCUGGAGUCCAGUUGAUUUGCCAAGCCAAGAUGAACAGCGUGGCUGGAUUGCAAAUUGCCCGGGCCAAUGAUGGCAAUUUCUACUUGGUCAACAGGGGAGAUGCCAUGCCAGACCACCUGCCGUGGGUGGUGCGCAGUGACAAGCAUGUGAUUGCUUUGGUGAAGGGGACGGAAAAAACUGUCAUGACAGUCGCUGAUGUGAUGUGUGACAUCACCAAGACCCGGGGCAUCACGGAGGUCCAUGUUGCAGACCAUGAUCUCUCCCCAACUCAGAAGGAGGAAAAUGGUACCAUGAUCCCUCGCCACUUCCGCUAUGACAUCAAACCAAAGGCAAAGAUCCAUGCCUUUAAGCCGAAGGAACUGAAUGCCGAUGCCGAAAGUCUCAACCUGCGAAGCUCAGUGAUGGGAGCUUUCUUCCAUACUUCUUUGGACAAACUGCCG